AUGACAGAUAGUAUCCCAGUAGAUGCUUGGUUAUCUGGUGCAUUAGCGCUUGUUACGUGUGGUAGUGCUUUUGUAUUAUCAUUACAACGAACCUAUUUGCAUAAAUCCCAGCAAAUGGAGCGUGAUCCGCCUAUGUUUGAUAAGCAGAGAGAUACCAGCGUACCUGUGGCAGAUGACGACGCUCGUUUUGUUCGAUUGUCGUUUGAUACGUUGACUUUGACCUCGCUCUCUGCAUUGGAUUUCUAUCACACCGUGAUCCAACAACAGCAGACAUCAGACUGGUGGAUGACUGCAUCUGCUUGUGCUCAAUUCGUUGCUUGGUUGUAUGCAUCUGUGCUGGUGCUAGUGGCCCGUCGCUAUCGAUUUCCUAGCGAAUGGGGUUGGAUCCUCAAUGUGCAUCUAUGCAUCUUUUACACCAUGAUCUGGUGCAUCGCUGUGUAUGAUGUCUACGGCGCCUAUGUAAUCCAUCCUUCUGAUAACUGGAUCCACAUGGUGCCUCGACUUUUAGCAUUAAUUUUGGGGUCUGAUCUCGUCUUUAUAACAGCCACAACACCUCGUGGCGUACCUUUCUUGGAUGAAAAUGGCAGAAAAGUAGCAGCUAUCAAUGUGGUUUCAAUCUACUCUUUCCUCUACUUCUCAUGGGUCACGCCUUUGGUCCACUUGGCCUACAAGAACAAGAAAUUGACAGACGAGGAUUUACCAAUACUGCCACCGCUAUUACGUGGUCGCAACUUGUAUCAUCUGUUUGGCAAAACCAGAGGCAACAGUCUAUUAAGACGGAUCUAUCUGAUGAAUCGCAAAGAAGGUGCCAUCCAGGCUGUGCUGGCUGUCUUUCUCUCGCUCAGCUACUUUGCGCCUGCCUACUUUGUGAAUCGUCUUUUGAUACUGAUACAAGAUAUGAAUGGCCAGAAAGAGGACGAUUCUGUCAGAAAAGGGUUUGUGAUUGUUGCUUGUUUAGGCGCUACUGUCAUGGUGUCAGGUCUCUUAAUAGGGCAGUUGUGGUACUUGGCGACAUCCUCUAUGGAAAGCCGAGUCAAAGCCAUGCUGAGUAUUGAAAUCUACCGCAAGACAUUGCGUCGUCGCGAUCUUGCUGCUGCAUCUCCGCAGGUCAAAGACCAAGAAGAAGAAGAAGGCUCAUCUACAGGUGCCAUUGUUAAUUUGAUGAGCACAGACACUGCUCGUAUUUCUGAAUUCAGUCAAUGGUGGUUUGCUUUCAUUGAAAUCUCCACUGAGCUCACAAUUGGCAUCUACUUUUUGUACCAACUGCUAGGCAAAUCUUGCUUCUUGGGCUUGUUGAUCAUGGUGGUGGUUCUUCCUUUGAAUCAUUACAACGCAAAGAUGUAUACCAAGACACAAGAUAGAUUGAUGGAGGCUCGUGAUAGGCGUGUGUCUCUGAUGAAUGAAGUGUUGCAAGGGAUACGUCAAAUCAAGUUUUUUGCUUGGGAAAAAAAGUGGGAACAGCGUGUGAUGGACGCAAGACGUGUAGAGCUGCAUCAUUUGGGUGUUACUUAUCUGUCAGGCGUGCUGUUUAGUUUCUUGUGGCAAGGGUCUCCUAGCUUGGUAACUCUGGUUAGUUUCUAUUCAUUCUGUAAACUGGAAGAAAAGGAGCUCACUGCGCCUAUUGCAUUCACUGCCAUCGCUGUGUUCAAUGAACUGAGAUUUGCCAUCAACGCAUUGCCAGAAAUCUUUGUGGACCUCUUCCAAGCAUUGAUUAGUGUCAGACGUAUCGAGGCUUACUUGAAUGAAGAAGAAAUUGAACCUCCUUUGACUCAAAACGACACAAUCAUCGGCUUCAAGAAUGCCACGCUUGGUUGGAGUAAGCAGGACUACACUGAUCUGGAAACUGGCGCAAGCAGCACUAGCUUUCUCCUGAAAGAUCUGAACAUAGAGUUUCCUCCCAAUCAACUUAGCUUGAUCACUGGCGCUACUGGUUCUGGCAAGACUUUAUUGAUGUUGGGUCUCCUGGGUGAAGCGAUUGUCCUUAAGGGUACUGCACAUUGCCCUCGUCAAGCAGUAGUGGAUACCGUCUUUGAUGGUCUUGUCGCCUCCAAGGACAUGGAUCCCAAGGAUUGGUUGCUGCCUUAUGCUCUCGCCUAUGUCUCUCAGACUGCUUGGUUACAAAAUGCCUCCAUUCGUGAUAACAUCUUGUUUGGCUUGCCCUAUGUGGAGUCUAGAUACCGUGAAACGCUUACUGCUUGUGCUUUGGACAAGGAUCUCGAGAUUUUUGAAGAUGGAGAUCGCACUGAAAUUGGUGAAAAGGGCAUCACUUUGUCUGGCGGUCAAAAGGCGCGUGUCUCGCUUGCAAGAGCUGUGUAUUCUCGUGCUCAAAAUGUUUUGAUGGAUGAUGUACUGAGUGCUGUGGAUGCUCAUACAGCUAAACAUCUAUAUGAAAAGUGCCUAUUGGGUCCAUUGAUGAAGGGACGCACGCGUGUCUUGAUUACGCAUCAUGUCAAUCUCUGCGUCAAGGGCAGUGGCUACAUUGCUCACAUCGAAGGGGGUCGUGCUAGCCUUGUGGGGACUCCUGACCAGCUGCGCCAAAGCGGCCAGCUGGCUUCUAUCUUUGAGAGUGCGGAGGAGAAAGCAGCACAGGAAGGAGAUACCGAGGAAGAAAUGGCCAUCAAAGAAGCUUUACCUGAUGUUGCUUCUGCAAACAAGAACCAAAAGAAGCCUCGUGUACUUGUAGAAGAAGAAACGCGCGCCACAGGUAGGGUUAAGACGAGGCUCUAUAAAAUGUACGUGCGCAUGGUGGGCGGUCCCUUCUUCUGGUCUGUCAUGAUUGCUUUGAUCAUUGGUGCUCGUGGGCUAGAUGUCGCCGGAAGUUGGUGGCUAAAGCAAUGGUCUCAAUCUUAUGAGACCCAGCACAGUGCCUUGGUAAUGCAGCGACAGGCUAUGCCAGAGGAGCAGGACGACAGACUGAAUUACUACUUGGGCUUUUAUUGUCUGAUUAAUCUCGUCGGUGUCAUCGUUGGCACCGCUCGUUUUGCUGUUCUCUACUGGGGCGUUCUCGAUGCCAACAAAGCACUCUACGCUCAGCUGCUACAUCGCAUGUUGAGAGCCCCUCUUCGCUUCUUUGAUACAACGCCUGUUGGUAGAAUCUUAAAUCGCUUCUCCAAGGAUUUCGAAACCAUUGACUCCAAUAUCCCCAAUCGUUUCCUCAACUUUGCCAUCCAGUGGGUCAUCAUUUUCUCCAGCAUUAUCACUGUGUCCUGCGUGUUGCCCCCCUUUUUGAUGCCUAUGCUUGCUGUCGCUUUGGUCAAUGUGUACUUGGGCACAAUGUUUGUCUCUGCUUCUCUUGAAUUGAAGCGUAUGGAGUCUGUCUCUCGGUCUCCCUUGUUUAGUCACUUUACAGAAACCAUUAUUGGCGUGGCUACUAUCCGUGCUUUUGGUGCGACGCGUCAAUUUUUGCAAGACAUGCUGACUUAUAUUGAUACCAACACGCGUUCCUUUUACUAUCAAUGGGUGGUCAAUCGCUGGGUCUCUAUCAGGUUCGCCUUCUCGGGCGCUCUCAUCAACAUGUUCACCGGUGUCAUCAUCUUGUUGAGCAUCGACACAAUUGACGCUCCUCUGGCUGGCUUCUGUCUCAGUUUUGCCAUCUUGUUUACGGAUCAAAUGUUCUACGGCAUCCGUCAUUAUACAAGCUUGGAAAUGAGCUUUAACGCUGUUGAGCGUGUUGUCGAGUUUAUGGAAAUGGAUCAAGAAGCACCUGCCAUCACUGAAGUAAGGCCUCCUCAUGAGUGGCCUACCAGAGGUAGAAUUGACGUCAAGGAUCUUGAAAUCAAAUACGCUGCUGAUCUGGACCCUGUUCUCAAGGGCAUCUCCUUCUCUAUUAAGUCUCAAGAAAAAAUUGGCGUUGUGGGUAGAACAGGCAGUGGUAAAUCUACACUUGCACUCUCGUUUUUUAGAUUUAUUGAGGCUUCUCAGGGCUCCAUUGUCAUUGACAACAUUGAUAUCAAGGAUUUGGGUACUGAGGAUUUGCGUUCCAGCCUGACCAUCAUUCCCCAAGACCCCACUUUGUUCUCUGGCUGUCUAAGAUCCAACAUGGACCCCUUUGAUCAAUUCACUGAUCAAGACAUCUUUACUGCUUUGCGUCGUGUGCAUUUGUUGCCUACUGAAGAAGGCGAUAACAGUGCAGAGACAAUUGCAGCUGGCUCUACUCUGGAUGAGGUCAAUGCUAAUGUGUUCAAGGACUUGACUACCAAUGUCACUGAAGGCGGCAAGAACUUUUCUCAAGGUCAAAGACAAUUACUUUGCUUGGCCCGUGCUCUUCUCAAGCGUAGUCGCAUUGUGCUGAUGGACGAAGCGACAGCCAGCGUUGAUUUCAAAACGGACAGGGCCAUUCAAAAAACCAUUGCUACAGAAUUCGCUGACUCUACCAUCUUGUGUAUUGCCCAUCGUUUGCAUACUGUCAUUGAAUAUGAUCGUAUCUUGGUGCUGGAUCAAGGACAAAUUCUUGAAUUUGAUAGCCCCUUGACUCUGAUCACCAAUCCCGAAUCCUCCUUUUACAAAAUGUGUCGUAAAUCUGGUGAAUUUGAUAGUUUAGUUGCCUUGGCAAAGUCAAAGCAUGAAUUGGUAGACGUCUCUACAUGA